AAAGGCAGGGGGAGCGGCAGGCAAAGCUAGAGGCCGGGGGGAGGGGGGGGCCGUUGAGAUCCGUCUUCAUCCUACCGUUCCGCCCGUACUGGUGGAAUGAGCGUUGCAUGUGUCUUGAAGAGAAAAGCAGUGCUCUGGCAGGACUCUUUCAGCCCCCACCUGAAACAGCACAGUCAAGAAACAGCUAAUCCCAACAUGCCUGUUGUUUUGACAUCUGGAACAGGGUCCCAGGCUCAGACACAGCCAGCUGCAAAUCAAGCCCUUGCAGCAGGGACCCACUCCAGCCCUGUUCCUGGAUCCAUAGGGGUUGCAGGUCGCUCCCAGGACGACGCAAUGGUGGAUUACUUCUUUCAGAGGCAGCAUGGUGAGCAGCUUGGGGGAGGCGGAAGUGGUGGAGGCAGCUAUAAUAACAGCAAACAUCGGUGGCCUACUGGGGAUAACAUUCAUGCUGAACAUCAGGUUCGAUCCAUGGAUGAAUUAAAUCAUGAUUUUCAAGCACUUGCUUUAGAAGGAAGGGCGAUGGGGGAGCAACUUUUGCCAGGGAAAAAAUUUUGGGAAUCAGAUGAUUCAAGCAAAGAUGGACCAAAAGGAAUAUUUUUGGGCGAUCAGUGGAGAGACAGCGCUUGGGGGACAUCAGAUCAUUCUGUUUCCCAACCAAUCAUGGUUCAGAGAAGACCAGGUCAAGGUUUUCACGUGAAUAACGAAGUUAAUUCAGUGCUGUCUCCACGAUCGGAAAGUGGUGGGCUUGGUGUUAGCAUGGUAGAAUACGUGUUGAGUUCAUCCCCUGGGGACUCCUGUCUCAGAAAAGGAGGAUUUGGCCCAAGGGAUGCAGAGAAUGAUGACAAUGAUAAAGGAGACAAGAAAAAUAAGGGUACAUUUGAUGGUGAUAAAUUAGGUGAUUUGAAGGAAGAAGGCGACGUAAUGGACAAGGCUAAUGGUUUGCCUGUGCAAAACGGAAUCGAUGCGGAUGCAAAAGAUUUUAGCAGGACACCCGGAAACUGCCAGAACUCUGCCAAUGAUGUGGAUCUUUUAGGGCCAAACCAGAAUGGAUCAGAAAGCUUAGCCCAGUUAGCUAGUACUAAUGGUGCCAAGCCCGUGGAGGAUUUCUCUAACAUGGAGUCCCAGAGUGUUCCUCUGGAUCCCAUGGAGCAUGUGGGCAUGGAGCCACUUCAGUUUGAUUACUCUGGUACCCAGGUUCCUGUGGAUUCUGCUGCGGCAACUGUGGGCUUAUUUGAUUACAACUCACAACAACAGGGCCUGCCGUUGUCCCCCAUCAAUAUUAUGGAGUAGCUCCCUGGGGAGUAUAUCCCGCCAGUCUUUUCCAGCAACAAGCCGCCGCCGCCGCUGCCACAAACUCCUCCAAUCAACAAACCUCUCAGCAGACCCAACAAGGGCAGCAGCAGGUUCUCCGGGGAGGAGCCAGCCAGCGCCCUUUGACCCCAAAUCAGAACCAACAGGGCCAGCAGACGGAUCCUUUAGUGGCUGCAGCGGCAGUGAAUUCAGCUCUUGCCUUCGGGCAGGGGCUCGCAGCAGGAAUGCCAGGUUACCCAGUCCUGGCUCCUGCCGCCUAUUAUGACCAAACAGGUGCUCUUGUGGUGAAUACGGGGGCAAGGAAUGGCCUCGGAGCUCCGGUACGACUGGUAGCUCCUGCUCCUGUCAUCAUCAGUUCCUCAGCUGCACAAGCGGUUGCCAAUUCCAACACAGGCAGCGGUUCUCGCAGAGAUUCCCUCACAGGCAGCACUGAUCUCUACAAGAGAACAUCCAGCAAUUUGACUCCUAUAGGACAUAGCUUUUAUAAUGGCCUUGGAUUUUCCUCUUCACCGGGUCCGGUAGGCAUGCCUUUGCCUAGUCAGGGACCUGGUCACUCUCAGACUCCUCCACCAUCUUUGUCUUCUCAUGGCUCCUCUUCAAGCCUAAACCUUGGAGGUCUCACAAAUGGAAGUGGCCGUUACAUCUCUGCUGCCCCCGGAGCUGAAGCCAAGUACCGGAGUGCAAGCAGCGCUUCCAGUCUCUUCAGUCCCAGCAGCACCCUCUUCCCGUCCUCGCGUUUGCGCUACGGGAUGUCCGAUGUCAUGCCCUCCGGCCGCAGCAGGCUGCUCGAAGACUUCCGUAAUAACCGGUACCCGAACCUGCAGUUGAGAGAGAUUGCUGGUCACAUUAUGGAAUUUUCCCAGGAUCAACAUGGAUCAAGGUUUAUCCAGCUUAAACUGGAACGUGCCACCCCAGCUGAAAGACAGCUUGUCUUCAAUGAAAUCCUACAGGCAGCCUAUCAGCUGAUGGUUGAUGUCUUUGGAAAUUAUGUAAUUCAGAAAUUUUUUGAGUUUGGCAGCCUAGAACAGAAGCUGGCUUUAGCAGAACGCAUCCGUGGCCACGUCCUCUCCCUGGCUUUGCAAAUGUACGGCUGCCGAGUUAUACAGAAAGCUCUUGAGUUUAUUCCCCCAGACCAGCAGAACGAGAUGGUCCGAGAACUGGAUGGCCACGUCUUGAAAUGUGUAAAAGACCAGAAUGGAAAUCAUGUUGUGCAAAAAUGCAUUGAAUGUGUGCAGCCACAAUCCUUGCAGUUUAUAAUUGAUGCAUUUAAGGGGCAGGUGUUUGCCUUGUCAACCCAUCCCUAUGGCUGCCGGGUCAUUCAGAGGAUCCUUGAACACUGUCUACCUGAACAGACCCUCCCUAUCCUGGAAGAGCUUCAUCAACACACAGAUCAGCUUGUGCAGGAUCAAUAUGGGAACUAUGUUAUCCAACAUGUACUUGAACAUGGGCGACCUGAAGAUAAAAGCAAGAUAGUUGCAGAAAUUAGAGGCAACGUGCUUGUACUGAGUCAGCACAAAUUUGCCAGCAAUGUGGUGGAGAAAUGUGUCACGCAUGCCUCCCGCACUGAACGAGCCAUGCUGAUUGAUGAGGUGUGUACUAUGAACGACGGCCCUCACAGUGCCUUAUACACCAUGAUGAAAGAUCAGUAUGCCAAUUACGUGGUACAGAAAAUGAUUGAUGUGGCAGAGCCGGCCCAAAGGAAGAUUGUGAUGCACAAGAUCCGACCUCACAUUGCCACUCUCCGCAAAUACACGUACGGGAAACACAUCUUGGCCAAGCUGGAGAAGUAUUACAUGAAGAACGGGGUUGACCUUGGGCCUAUUUGUGGACCACCCAACGGCAUCAUCUGAAACACUGAGCUGCGGAAGAGAAUUUGUCACCAUAGUACCUGGAAUUCACAACCAGCAACCUGUCAAGCUCUAAUAUAUACUUUGAAAAAUAUUCACGGUUGCUCAACAUAAUAGAUUUUACGAGAAUGACAAAAUAAAACUAGUCAACAAAUUUAAACAGAAAAAAGCUGGGAGGGGGAGGGGAGGAAAAAAAAACCCCUUUGUAAAUUUCUUUAAUUUUAUCCUGCAUAACAUGUACUAAUUAUUUUUUUAAAUUGCCCUGCUGUUUCAGUGGUGUAUAGAAUUCUUGUACAUAGGCAACAGAUGUACAUGGAAAGCCACGUUUUUGUUCACUGAUGUAACUAUUUCAAAUAUGGAAACUUUCAAAGUGGCUAAUAUGAAAUUAAAAAAAACUGUUUUUAACUCCUCUACCUUACAGGAGAGCUUUUUUGGAAACAACUGUUUUGUUCUCUUUUAAGUCCACUCUCAAGGAGCAGUUUUAGUUAAAUUGCGCAGAUCUGCAUUUAACACUGUUUAUAAAUUUAAAAAAAAAAUAAUCAGUUUGCUAAAGCUUCAAUUUAAGGUAAGUUUUUAAGUUUCACAGACUUUUAAAAAAAUUCCUUUUUCAUAGUACAAAGUGCUAAAGAAUUGAGCUUAGCAGUCAACUUUGGGGGGAAAACAUACACACCAAGAGUUUUUUUAAAUAGCUGGUUGGUGUGUGGUUACUGCCUACUACAGUUCUUCUGUUAACACAGAGGCAAUUUUUUUUAAUUAUUUAGCAUGUAGAAAAAAAAAUCCAAUUCAACUUUGGUCUUGCUUCUAUAAAUAUAUAGUGUAUACUUGGUGUAGACUUUGCAUAUAUAAAAAUUUGUAGUAUUUUCUUGUUUUGAUGUCUAAUCUGUAUCUAUAAUGUACCCUAGUAGUGGAACAUACUUUUGAUUGUACAAUUGUACAUUUGUAAACCUCUGUAAUGUAAAUGUGGAGAAGUUUGAAUCAACAUAAACCCAUUUUUGGUAAGAAAAUAAAUUAGCAAAACCUGUGCAUUUCAGUGUAUAUUCACCCCUUUUAUGGUCGUAGCAUAUAGUGUUGUAUAUUGUAAAUUGUAAUUUCAACCAGAAGUAAAUUUUUUUCUUUGGAAGGAAAUGUUCUCUUUAUACAGCCUGGUUAAUGUUUAAAAGAAAAAUGCUUGGUUUUUUUUUUUAAUUUGUCACCUAGUCAAGAGAGUAGCAAUCCUUUCUAAAUGUUACACACAAACAAAUGAUUCAGUUAAAAAAAAUAGUGUUUAUUUGACUCUUUGAAAAAGAAAAGCAAUGUUUUAUUUUGUGGCAGUAAAAAAAAAAAGACACACACCCCUUAUUCCUUUUCAAUCAGAGUCCCUCUUUCACCUUGUAAAGUGUGAAAUCACUUUGCCUUUUUGUACAGAAGAUAAACUGUAUUUUGCAUUUUGUCUACUUGUAAGUGAAUGUAACAUACUGUCAAUUUUCCUUGUUUGAAUAUAGAAUUGUAACACUACACGGUGUACAUUUACAGAGCCUUGUGUAUAUUUCCAAUGAACCUUUUUGCGAGCACACUUGUAACCAUAUGUGUAUAAUUAACAAACCUGUGUAUGCUUAUGCCUGGGCAACUAUUUUUUGUAACUCUUGUGUAGAUUGUCUCUAAACAACGUGUGAUCUUUAUUUUGAAAAAUACAGAACUUUGGAAUCUGGA